AUGGCUUCACAAGACACCAUCCUCCAGGGCGUCAACGUCCUCGGCAAGGUCGACCACGCGCACAAGAAGAUCCUCACCCCGCAGGCCCUCACCUUCCUCGCGCUGCUGCACCGGUCCUUCAACGGCACGCGCAAGAGCCUGCUUGAGCGCCGCAAGCUGCGCCAGGCCGAGCUCGACCGCGGCGUGCUGCCCGACUUCCUGCCCGAGACCAAGCACAUCCGCGAGAAUGCCACCUGGAAGGGCGCGCCGCCCGCCCCGGGCCUGGUCGACCGCCGCGUCGAGAUCACCGGCCCGCCCGACCGCAAGAUGGUCGUCAACGCGCUCAACUCGGACGUCUUUACCUACAUGUCGGAUUUUGAGGACUCGUCCGCUCCCACCUGGGACAACAUGAUCAACGGCCAGGUCAACCUCUACGAUGCCAUCCGCGGCCAAGUUGACUUCAAGCAGGGCGCCAAGGAGUACAAGCUGCGCACCGACCGCAAGCACCCGACCCUCAUCGUCCGCCCGCGCGGCUGGCACCUCGAGGAGAAGCACGUCACCGUCGACGGCGAGCCCAUGUCCGGCUCGCUCUUCGACUUUGGCCUGUACUUCUUCCACAACGCCGUCGAGUACCAGCGUCGCGGCUACGGGCCGUACUUUUACCUGCCCAAGAUGGAGUCGCACCUCGAGGCGCGCCUGUGGAACGACGUCUUCAACCUGGCCCAGGACUACAUCGGCAUGCCGCGCGGCACCAUCCGCGGCACCGUCCUCAUCGAGACCAUCCUGGCCGCCUUUGAGAUGGACGAGAUUAUCUACGAGCUGCGCGACCACUCGUCCGGGCUCAACUGCGGCCGCUGGGACUACAUCUUCUCGGUCAUCAAGAAGUUCCGCCUCAACCCCAACUUUGUGCUGCCGGACCGGUCGGCGGUGACGAUGACGGUGCCGUUCAUGGACGCCUACGUCAAGCUGCUGAUCCAGACGUGCCACCGUCGCGGGGUGCACGCGAUGGGCGGCAUGGCGGCGCAGAUCCCGAUCAAGGACGACAAGGCGGCCAACGACGCGGCCAUGGCCAACGUGCGCGCGGACAAGCUGCGCGAGGUGCGCGCGGGACACGACGGCACCUGGGUGGCGCACCCGGCGCUGGCGGCGAUCGCGCUGGACGUGUUCAACACGCACAUGCCGACGCCCAACCAGCUGUUCGUGCGCCGCGAGGAGGUCAAGGUCGGCCAGAACGACCUGCUCAACAUGAACGUCCCCGGCAAGGUCACCGAGGAGGGCAUCCGCAAGAACCUCAACAUCGGCCUGGGCUACAUGGAGGCCUGGAUCCGCGGCGUCGGCUGCGUGCCCAUCAACUUCUUGAUGGAGGACGCCGCCACCGCAGAAGUCUCCCGCUCCCAGCUCUGGCAGUGGGCGCGCCACGGCGUCACCACCGCCGAGGGCAAGCGCGUCGACAAGGCCUACGCCCUCAAGCUGCUCAAGGAGAGCGCCGAACAGCUGGCCUCCAAGGCCGGCAAGGGCAACAAGUACCACCUCGCCGCGCAGUACUUUGCCGGCCAGGUCACCGGCGAGGACUAUGCCGACUUCCUGACCAGCCUUCUGUACGACGAGAUUACUGCUCCCGGCUCCCCCGCCCCUGCCGCCAAGUUGUAA